AGUGGGCAACGCGGCGUGAGCAGCAGCCCCAGGCUCCCGGAGCAUCGCGCCCGGAGAAAGACUUCGCCGCUCGGGGCCGCAGCCUGGUGAGCUCAGCCCCCUUCAAGCCCUCCCCUGCAUCUCAGCCGGAGCCUCUCCGAACCGGCGCUGAUCGAUGCCGAGACUCCCCAGGGACCCUAUCGCGACUCCAUCGUGCCAUAUCUCGACAUCACCGUACCCUGUCGAGACUCCAUUUUGUCACAACCCCUUUCAGUAUUUAUCUAUCUACCUAUAUAUUUUUUUAAAUUUGCCCUAUCAUAUUUGGGGGCUGUCCCCUUCAUGUCGUGAUUUCGCUGUGAUCUCUCCGUGACAUCACCGCGCCAUCGUGAAGUGUGAUCUCAUCGCUGCCCUGUCGUUCGACUUCAUCAAUGUCGUGUUGUGACCUGGCUGCGGCGGGACAGGUGGUGACCGCCAGGAUCCCUUCUCCCCUUCUCAUCUCUCCAUCACUGCAGCCCCGCUUCGAUUAUCCGGCUUUUGGAUUCUGUUAUCCUGAGAGCCACCCGACCCCUCUUUCCUUCUCCAGCCAGUGCCGGCACCCACAGGCUGUUAGCGGGACGGACAGGGAGAGUACAGGGAGCACAAGGGGUUAAUGUUGCUGCUGCUGCAGCAGCAGCUGCAGCUCCUGCUCUUGCAGCCUCUGCAGCCUCUGCAGCCUCUGCCCGAGGGAGGGAAAGAAGAGAAGGCAAGGAGGCUGCGGGGGCGAUUAAGAGCCCUGGCUGGAGGGGUGGGUCCACAGGGGAGUCUUCAAAGCCUUCUCUGGAGAGCUUGCCUUCUCACUCCUGCUGAAGCCAGUCUACUUUCUCUGAAGAAGGGAGGGGAAAGGAACCCUAGAAUGUCCUUUUCUUCCUUGUCGGCUUGGGCAAGGCGGGCAUCAUGGCCUCGGAUUGUGAGCCAGCUCUGAACCAGGCAGAGAGCCGAAACCCCACCCUGGAGCGCUACCUGGGAGCCCUCCGUGAGGCCAAGAAUGACAGCGAGCAGUUUGCAGCCCUGCUGCUAGUAACGAAGGCAGUCAAAGCAGGUGACAUUGAUGCCAAAACCCGACGUAGGAUCUUUGAUGCCGUUGGGUUCACCUUUCCCAACCGACUCCUGACCACUAAGGAGGCACCUGAUGGCUGCCCUGACCACGUUCUCCGGGCCCUGGGCGUGGCCCUGCUGGCCUGUUUCUGCAGCGACCCUGAACUAGCCAGCCAUCCCCAGGUCCUGAACAAGAUCCCCAUCCUUAGCACAUUCCUUACAGCCCGGGGGGACCCUGAUGAUGCUGCCCGCCGCUCCAUGAUCGAUGACACCUACCAGUGCCUGACAGCUGUUGCGGGCACACCCCGAGGGCCCCGGCACCUCAUUGCUGGUGGCACCGUGUCUGCCCUGUGCCAGGCGUACCUGGGGCAUGGCUACGGCUUUGACCAGGCUCUGGCACUCUUGGUGGGGCUGCUGGCUGCUGCAGAGACACAGUGCUGGAAGGAGGCGGAGCCCGACCUGCUGGCUGUGUUGCGAGGCCUCAGUGAGGAUUUCCAAAGAGCCGAAGAUGCCAGCAAGUUUGAGCUCUGCCAGCUGCUGCCCCUUUUUCUGCCCCCAACAACUGUGCCCCCUGAAUGCCACCGAGAUCUGCAGGCUGGGCUGGCACGAAUCCUAGGAAGCAAGUUGAGCUCCUGGCAGCGCAACCCUGCACUGAAGCUGGCAGCCCGCCUGGCUCAUGCCUGCGGCUCCGACUGGAUCCCAGUGGGCAGCUCUGGGAGCAAGUUUCUGGCCCUGCUCGUGAAUCUAGCGUGCGUGGAGGUACGGCUGGCUCUCGAGGAGACAGGCACAGAGGUGAAAGAAGACGUGGUAACAGCCUGCUAUGCCCUUAUGGAAUUGGGGAUCCAGGAGUGCACCCGCUGUGAGCAGUCCCUGCUUAAGGAGCCACAGAAGGUUCAGCUCGUGAGCAUUAUGAAAGAGGCCAUUGGCGCUGUCAUCCACUACCUGCUGCAGGUGGGGCCAGAGAAGCAGAAAGAGCCCUUUGUGUUUGCCUCGGUGCGGAUCCUGGGUGCCUGGCUGGCGGAGGAGACCUCAUCCCUGCGUAAGGAGGUGUGCCAACUGCUGCCCUUCCUUGUCCGAUAUGCCAAGACACUCUAUGAGGAGGCUGAGGAGGCCAGUGACAUUUCGCAGCAGGUGGCCAACUUGGCCAUCUCUCCUACUACACCAGGGCCUUCAUGGCCAGGGGAUGCUCUCCGGCUCCUCCUUCCCGGCUGGUGUCACCUGACUGUUGAAGAUGGUCCCCGGGAGAUUCUGAUCAAGGAAGGAGCCCCCUCACUUCUGUGCAAGUACUUCCUGCAGCAGUGGGAACUCACAUCCCCGGGCCAUGAUACCUCGGUGCUGCCAGACAGCGUGGAGAUCGGCCUUCAGACCUGUUGCCACAUCUUCCUCAACCUGGUGGUCACCGCUCCAGGGCUGAUCAAACGCGAUGCCUGCUUCACAUCUCUUAUGAACACCCUGAUGACGUCACUGCCCUCACUAGUGCAGCAACAAGGGAGACUGCUUCUAGCUGCCAACGUGGCCACUUUGGGGCUCCUAAUGGCCCGGCUCCUUAGCACCUCUCCAGCUCUCCAAGGAACCCCAGCCUCCCGAGGUUUCUUCGCAGCUGCCAUCCUCUUUCUGUCACAGUCCCAUGUGGCACGAGCCACCCCUGGCUCUGACCAGGCAGUGUUGGCCCUGUCCCCUGACUAUGAAGGCAUCUGGGCUGACUUGCAAGAGCUCUGGUUCCUGGGCAUGCAGGCCUUCACGGGUUGUGUGCCGCUGCUGCCCUGGCUGGCCCCUGCCGCCCUGCGCUCCCGCUGGCCACAGGAGCUGCUACAACUGCUAGGUAGUGUAAGCCCCAACUCCGUCAAGCCUGAGAUGGUGGCUGCCUACCAGGGCGUGCUGGUGGAAUUGGCACGGGCUAACCGGCUAUGCCGGGAGGCCAUGAGGCUGCAGGCGGGUGAAGAAACGGCCAGCCAUUACCGAAUGGCUGCUUUGGAGCAGUGCCUGUCAGAGCCCUGAGGGGCAUCCAGUGGGUACAGACCCAGGCGGGCAGCGAGGGAAGGAGGGAGGAGGCAUCUUCCCUGAAGCCCCCAAACUGGACCCCUUCUUCAGACCCCCACAAACACCCCAGCUUUCUGGCUUUUCUGAGGGCUAGGGCAUGGUGCCCACCUCUCAAGUAUAAGAAACUGCAUCCUGCCUCCAGCCCCCUUGGGGCAGGGAUUGGCUUGGAACAGAGGUUGGCCCCGCCAGGCCGGGGAAGGUUGGAGAAGCCCCCAGGAGGAGGGCAACUAAGUGUCAUUAUACCCAGUGUCUGGCUCCCUGAUAGGAGGGAGGUCCCAGGGUAGGAGCGGGCUGGCAGGCGCUGACUGCCUCAGCCCAUGUGCCCUGCCGGCCAGGGCGUGGCCUCCCCAAGGCUGUGGUGCCCCUUCUGGCUCCCCCAGGUCAGGUCCGCGCCCUUUAAAUUGGCCGCUUGGCUUUUGCCUUUGGUCCUCUUGGACAGAGAGCAGGCUCAGGCCAUUGACAUCACAGUUCUUCCUUUUAACUCUAGUGACCCGGGGUCCGAGUUGCCCCUAUGCUUCCAGGGCAAUUUGGAGCAGACAGACCAGUGGGGGGUGGGGAACCUCCUUCCACCUGCGCUUCCUUGAGGGGACCAGAGAGCCCUUGGUCCCAGGUCUCUUGAGCUUUUGUGUCAUGUUGCAGCAGAGUGAAGAUGGGGGGUUGGGGGUUAUUUAUUUUGCUUGUCCUUAUCCCUGCUUGGACACCUGAGCAUCAGAUCCCUGUGCCCCUGGUGCCAUCUGGCCUGGCUGGAGCCAGGAACAAGAGGUCACCCCACCCUAGAAUCCGCAUGGUUUCCCUGUGAUUGCACUCCACUGCCACCGUGGUGCCUGGCUUCAGCUCCCCUCCCCCAAUCCCUGCUAAGCCUCUACUCUGCAGGGAGACGCGACUGGCGGCUCCAGCAGGAACUACCUUUCUGAACCCGCGGAGACCCGCAUAAGCCUGACCCCUUGCUUCCUCCCCGCCCCCCAGUGCGUUCUGUGAUCGCCAAGUUCAAAGCUGUGCACAUGUGGACACUCAAUAAAUGUUUAUUGGUGAUGAGAA